AUGUCUUCUUGUACUUCCCCAGAUCCACCGGACUACUGCUCCGCUGUAUCGCCUGAGCUUAAACUAUACCAGGCCUUCAUCUUCUCUGUGCCAGUUUUCUUCACAUUCGUCUUGCUUCUCUUCUUCUACUUGUUCUACCUGUGGCGGCGCAGAGUGAAUUGGCAGUCCUCGCAAAUGAGGGCUGAUAAUUUGAUCAGGGGGGAUAACCCUAGGUUGGAGUGUGGCAUAAAUAAGGAGAUGCGUGAGAUGUUGCCAGUUGUGAUCUUCAAGGAGAGCUUCUUGAUCAGGGAAACACAGUGCUCGGUCUGCUUAGCAGACUAUCAAGCAGAUGAGCGGCUUCAGAGAAUACCCCCUUGUGGUCACACCUUCCACAUCGAUUGCAUUGACCACUGGUUUUCUAGGAACACUACUUGCCCUCUUUGCCGAGUAUCGCUCCUGACUGCCCCCAGAGCUGCCAGCGUCGCUCCGACCGAUCUGGAAACACAAGCCAUCGAAGAGGACUGCUCUUCAAGUGCGCAGCAUCAUGUGGGCCUUAGAGAUGAGCACACGCGACCGGAGGAUCAGGCAGUGGACGGCAGGAUCAGUGACGGCCCAUCACAGCAGACUAACGUGGAUGCAUCAGUUAUUGUAGUCAUCGCGCCUCAAACAGCAGGGUCUCCAAGUUCUUGCCACUUGUCUGCCGUGUAA